UUUUUUUUCCUUAUAGAGAUGGGAUUUGCAAAUGCAUUUUACAGCAGUGUUUACAAAGAGUUUGUAGUCUUGCAAUACUGGUGGAAGCCACAGAGCAAGAUGUUAAUUUUAUUAUUUUUUUGUUAUUUCUUUUUUUGACACUCAGUGCAAUCAGCAGGGCUUUUUUUUUUCUUCUUUUUCAGUUUUUGAUGCCUGUUUCUAACUGAAACUUUUCUUGCAGCCUGUUACAGUUAACAUUUUUAAAUACUUUUUUUCCUCCUUAAAGAUAACAGAACAAAAUAUGCAGCCAAAGAAAUGAUCCUUACUUUUGCACAUUUUGCACCUUGACUUUUUUAUUCUUUUGCCGGCAGUAUUUUAUGGUGGUUAAUAUUAUCAUGAUGAUGAUGCUGAUAGCUAUAUGCAUAUAUACAAAUAAAUACAUUUUCAAAUGAUGGCAGUGGAAGGUUUUCCUGGAGAAUGAAGUGCGGUUCGGUUUCCUUGUCAACGGAAGAUGAAGUGAACAACUGAACAUCUCCCCAGUGCAGUUGCUCACAGGGUGCAUCCUUGGACAAGUCACUUAGAUGCCGAUCCUGAAAGGUUUUCAAGGCUUCCAUUAAUUCCAAAGACAUCUUUAAAGGGUUAAAGCCAAGUGAUCCAGCCAUGACCGGCAAAACACAGACCAGCAACGUCACCAAUAAGAAUGACCCGAAGUCCAUCAACUCUAGAGUCUUCAUCGGCAAUCUGAACACAGCCAUUGUCAAAAAAGGUGACAUCGAAGCAAUCUUUGCAAAGUAUGGGAAAAUAGUUGGCUGCUCUGUGCACAAAGGUUAUGCAUUUGUACAGUACAUGAGCGAGAGACAUGCCAGGGCUGCAGUGGCAGGAGAGAAUGCCAGGAUCAUCGCAGGGCAGCCACUAGAUAUCAACAUGGCAGGAGAACCAAAACCGUACAGACCAAAACCUGGCAACAAACGUCCACUUUCAGCACUUUACAGACUUGAAUCAAAGGAACCUUUUCUGUCUGUUGGUGGUUAUGUCUUUGAUUAUGAUUACUACAGGGAUGAUUUCUACAAUCGGUUGUUUGAUUAUCAUGGACGUGUCCCCCCACCACCUCGUGCAGUGAUACCAUUGAAGCGUCCUCGUGUGGCUGUGACAACAACUCGCAGAGGCAAAGGGGUUUUCUCCAUGAAAGGAACAUCACGAUCCACCUCAAGUGGGACUUCUUCCUCAGGAUCCAAAUCACCCACCCGUCUUCCCCUGCCCCUUAUGUGGAGUGAUACUGCCCUUGGAAGCGUCACUGGAAGAGGAAGAGAAAGAUCAGUGAAAUCAGAUGAGUUGCAAACAAUCAAGAAGGAAUUAACCCAAAUCAAAACAAAAAUUGACUCCUUGCUAGGGAGACUGGAAAAGAUUGAAAAACAGCAAAAAGCUGAAGCAGAAGCUCAAAAGAAACAAAUGGAAGAUAAUGCUGAUUUGGUUCAAGAAGAAUGCAUAUCAGAGAAUGCAGAUAACUCUACAGAAGAUCCAAUUGAAGGAGGGCCAGAUGGAGAUGGGGAUGGAGAAGAGAUGACUGAUGGGAUAGAGGAGGAUUUUGAUGAGGAUGGCAGCAAUGAGCUGUUUCUACAGAUCAAGUGAUGAGAUGCCACGUGUGAACCCCCUGAAGGCUGAGAAGAGAAACUCUUGACUUCCCCACAGAAAAUUGUGAACUGCAGUUUCUUAAUGGCUAGUAACACCUUUGAUUCAAUUUGUAUGAAAAUUAAAUUUACUUAUUAAAAUGGACAUUACUGUUCAAAUAUUAGAAAUUCCAUUUCUUAUAUGUUCUAAGCUGUACAAUUGUCAGAUUUUUAUGGUUUAGAUUGUAAAUGUGUUUUUCUCUGGCUAAUUAUUGGUAUUAUUUUUUUAAUUUUGAUGUCUUAAAAGCCAAUGUACUGUAUCAUAAUAAUAUGAAGGACAUAUUUAACAGGUGUGGGAAACACUGUAUACAAAUGUAUAUUUCUAAAAGCUAUUUUUAUGAUUAGCAUGUUUUACCAUAUUUAGAGUCAGGUGUUAUUGCACUUCUUGGUUUACAGCUUAAUGCAAACAAGUUCAUUAUGAUUAGUGACACACUUAAAAACAUUGUAUGGUAUUUUCCAUUCUUUUAUUUAUUAUAUUUGUCAUCUAAAAUAAUCAUGUUUACUAAUAGGGUUAGCUGCUAAAAAGUAAAAAUGUCAAAAUAUGAAAGCAAUUCUUGAUAAACUGUAAAUUGGAUCCUUUUGUUAAUCCCUUUCUUCGGAUAAGUGCUCUGUGAUGCCACGCACUAUGCAGUUGUUGCAGCGGUAUCUCCGCAUCUCUAAAGGCAGUUCCUUGCUGCCAUAUGGGAAGUUUACAUGAUAGUUAGUCCCCUCCCUAGCCAGGUAAAUCACCUAUGCUGCCAAUAUUUAAGAGCCUGAGUUGGUUUACUGAUUACUUUUUUGUUUCAUUUCCUGGCAGUAGUCUGUCCACUCCCAGACCCCAAAAGCCCUCCUAAAAGCCUGAAGUUGGAAUAAUUAAUUAUUACAGGUGCCCUAGGUGUAAUCUCAGCAUAGAAUUUCUUAAUAAAUCAUAUUUCCUUUCAUACAGAAUGGGUGCAUUAUUUCUCUUUUAUUAUUAAGAUAUUAAGGAUAUCAAAGCACAUCUGAUAUGUGUACAAGUUCUUCUUAUCUAAGGAGAGUAUCAUCUGAAAGCUAGGCCUCCUUAAUGCUGCAGACAAAACAAGGAAGAGAUGUUGAUUUACAUCUGCAUGUGAGAUAUACUCCUACAGAAAGAGGUAUGUCUUUGAAGUGAUUUUAGAGGCAAAAAAAAAUUAAAGCGACAACCUUCCAAAAGUGAGAGACACGAAUGUAAAUAUCUAAACCAGUCAAAUGGAGCUCAGACCCACUUGCAUGGCAAUACGGAGAACAUCAGCCCUAACUGAUAUCCAUUGCCAUGCUGUUUGGUAUCCAGCUCCACGCAGAUGAACCUUUACCUUGCUCUUAUAAUCAUUCACUACAGGCUAAAAGAAAGAGAAAAACAAAAGUAUUGGAGAGGCUCUUUAACAGAUCAAACUUUCAAUAUCUAUAAAAAACAGUCAUUUGUGAGAUGAUAGGCUCACCACUAAAAAUUAGGGUUAUGAAAGAAUAGUAUGAUUAGCUACACCUGAGCAUUAGCAAUUGCAGCCUCAGAAUCUGCCAAGGGUGACAGUUCCAGAAAAGGGAAAAAAUAUUACUUCCAUCUAAGAGAAAUGUUAGGACAAAUCAAAGGGCGAAAUAUUUCCUCACUUUCUCUGCUAUUUCUCCAUACAGUAUAGGUUAUGGUCAUCUUUAAUGGCCAGAAUGCAACAAGAAUUGCCAUUUGGGGAUCUCUAUCUUUGGCUGGCAGUUAAAAUAAGUCCAAAUCUUAGCAUCUCAGUAUCUCAGUAGACAUUUGCCCAUUUAAAAAACUGCUGACUGACUCUAGAAGGCCUAGAAUGUCAUCCAAGCAGAUCAGUUCUUUCACAUAUGGGAAACAGGUAGGUGCAUCUUCUCUUUACUAUCUCCAUUCUAAGUGACAUAAUAAUCACCAAGAAGCACUCCGAUUUUUAGAAACAUCUUCCUAAGAUCAUAUAUUCAAAGAAAUAAUUUCACCGGCUUAAUGUCAACCCUGUUUCACACUACAGUUUAAGUCCCAAAUAGAUUCUGAACACAAAAGGCACCUUUGAUAAGGUAAUGAGACACUGUUUCAUUUGCAAGCCAGAAGCUUCUUGUGCCAUGCAGUCUAUUACUAGCAAGGUUUCUUAAUGGCAUGUUUGCUUCAAAUCACUGCAGAGGAUGCUGGUAGCUUCAAUAGAGUUUGAUAGUUCUAUACCUAUGUAUGCAGUACACUCAGUGUUGUCUCCCAUUAAUGCAUAUACUUGCUUUUCAUUGGUUUUGUUAGUUGUGUGGGAUUUUUUCAUUUUGUGUUUUUGUUUUGUUUAAGAUUGUUCAUCCCUUGCAAUGUGGAAGAACAGGAAACAUAAAGGAUCUUGUCAAGUAGUUUGGCUAGUCAACAGUCAUAAAAUCUUUUAUGAGUAGUCCUGAAUUAAACUAAUUCAUUUUCAACAAAGACUUACAUCGUCUGUGUAUUUCGGAUAUUUGUUUCAAGCCUGUGCAGCUGCAUGAUGGAAAAUAUUUACUAAAAAAAAGCUUUAAAAUUUGGAUCAAUCAAUAAAAAAUAUUUUUACUUUUGUAAACUCUUGUAUUACAUAUUGUCGAUGUUCCUGUUAGUUUUGUCUGUAGAUCCACUUUUAGUUCUGAAAAAUCAUUGUAAUAAAACUAUGUAGAUAGCUACAGUAUUGUAAGCAGUCAUGUUUUUAAUCAACACCUCUGCAAGUCAAAAUUAAAGCAUUCGGGGUUUGCCCAUGUCAAGCAGAUUGAUGUUUCAUUACAGUUUUCUUUAAAAUGCUGUAACAUAAUUUUUACAUGUCUGUAAAUAAAUAUUUUCUCUG